AUGAUUAGAACACCGGUGAAAAGAGACGGCAGGCAAGGUAAUGAGACAGAAGAGAGAAUUGGCGGCAAUGAGGAAGGGGAAACGAUAGAGUGCGACAUGAAGACAGAGAAAGAAGGUGCAGGGGCGGAUGAAGUUUUGGGCGAAGCUGAAUCUCUUGUGAAUCUGAAUUUAGUGAGAAGCGAUUCAUUGCAAUCGCUACCGGAUUUGUCAUCUUUCGUAGAUAGAAAGAAAGUGGGAAGGCGCUCAAGGAAAGAGUUGGAGUUGAAGGAAAGACGAGUGAAUGAUAAAUGGUGGGCGGCAAUGUUGCAAAACAAAGUAAGGGAGAGGAAAAGUUUAGUGAAGGAGGAUAGGGAGGGGGACGAAGAAAAGGAGGAAGAGGAAGGAGUGAAGAAAAAGGAAUCCGAGAAAGUGGGGGGAGAGUUGGAAGAGUUUAUGAGAGUAAUGAUGAAAAUAGGAGAGGAAACAAAUGUAAGGAUGGAGAGAUUAAGUAAGGAGUUGAAAGAAAACAAUGAUCAGGGAAGGUUAAGGGAUGGAAAGAUGGAGGAAAUUAGGGGUGAGAUUGGAGGGAUUAGAAACAUGUGGGAAGAAUGGGAAAGAGUAUGGAAAAGAGAGAAAGGAGAGAUGCUGGAAAAAUUGGAAGUGUUGGAGUUGGAUCAAGAGAAAAUGGUAAAAGAAGGAAAAGAGGAGAGGAGAAAGCUGGAGAUAAGGGUGGAGAGGUUGGAGGAACGAGAGAUGAGUGAUGCUGGGGGGAAUGGGUGCAAGAGGAAGAGCGGAGAAGGGUUGGAAGAGAAAGUGAAAGAACUAACGAGGAAGGUGGAUCAGAUGGAGAGGGAAAAAAGAAAGAGUGGUAUCGUCAUAAGAGGAAUGAGGGUGAAAAAAGAUGAGGGAAGAAAGGAGAUUGAGAAACUUUUAAAGGAUAUAGGGGUAAAGGUGAAUAUCAGGAGCAUAAAGGGAAUAGACGGGGAGGAAAAAGAGACACCUAAGAUAUGGAUAGUGCAGCUAGGAUGUGAGGAAGAAAGAAGAGAGGUGAUGGCGAAUAAAUAUAAGUUGAAGGGAAGAAAAGAGAGGAUAGAGGAGGAUAAAUCAUGGGGAGAGAGAAGGAAUGAAUGGCUAUUAAGAGAAAGAGCAUGGGAAGAGAUGAGGAAGGGCAGGAAGGAGCAGAUAGGUAGAGACUGUAUAUGGGUGGAGGGGAGCAGAUGGACGGUGGAGGAUAUAACAGCAGGAGUUGAAAGAAAAAGAGGAGGGGGGUUUGGGGAAAGCGCGGAGAAUACAAAGGAGGGGGAGAAAGAGGAGGUAGUGGAAUAA